AUGGGUCUCGCAGCGCCGAAGAAUCGAUCAAAGAUCGCCAACGAUCCCCAAAAUACUACUUGGGCGAACAACACGUCGCGCUUCGGCCAUCGCAUAUUGACUUCGCAAGGAUGGCAGCCCGGUAACUCUCUGGGAGCGACAGAUGCCUCUCAUGCCGCCCAUUACACCGCUGCCUCACAAUCGCAUAUUCGGGUGUUCCUCAAGGACGAUAAUCUUGGCUUGGGCGCAAAGCGAGGGAGUGAACGCGCGGAAAACUUUGGUCUUGCAGGUCUAGAGAGUAUUCUUGGACGUCUAAAUGGCAAUGAGGCCGAAGUCAAGAAGGAAGAGGAAAGGCGAGAGGAGAUUGAGAAGAGGGCGUUUGUGUACCGGAAGUACGGCAUGAUGAACUUCGUUAGCGGCGGCUUUCUGGUGGGCGACAAAAUUACGAAAAGCUCUGAUAUCAAGAAGGAAGUGGAGAUCAAGCCUGAGAUCAAGUCUGAGCCAGAGAGCGACGAUGGCGCAUCGGACAAGAAAGACAAGAAAAGGAAGCGCGAUGAGCGCACCGACGACGAGCCCAAGGUAAAGCGCAAGAAGAAGAGCCUGGACUUGCGCGACGAAGCACAGAAGGAGAGCGAUGAAUCCAAGUCGAAGAAGGACAAGAAAGACAAAAAAGACAAGAAAGACAAAAAAAAGGACAAAUCGAAGAAGUCGAAGCGGGCAUCCUCAUCAGAUGCUGAAUCCUCCACCGACGAUGCCGCCACUUCAACGUCCGACCCAGAACCGCUUACGGAUAAGGAACGCCGGAAAGCCGAGAAGAAGGCACGUAAGGAGGAGAAGAAGGCCAAGAAGGCUCUGAAGAAAGCUGCUAAGAAAGCAGCGAAAAAGGACAGCUCAGACGACUCCAGCUCUGAGAGUGAGGAGGAUGAGAGUACGCCAACAACGAUCUCAUCGGUUCCUUUGUCAAAAACAUCCACGCCGGUAUCCGCUGGCCUAGCAUACACUCCAAGAGGCAUGCAUGCCGUCAGGCAGAAAUGGAUCCGUCAGAAGAAGGCUGCGACUAUGGAUGCACAGGCCAUGAGAGAGAUUUUUAUGAUUAAAACACCAUCAUAG